CCACGUCCUGCGACUUUUCCUGACCCGGAAACAAACCAUGAAUUUCUAGCUGCUAUUUGCAGUUAUGUUUAUAUCAGUUUAGAGGUGGUUAAUUAAGUUUGUUCCUCUUCUGGACAGUAAUUGGGAAGAUCAGCAGUUGUAGAGGUAUCGGUUUGUGUAAACUGAGGAAGGCACAGUGCAAACAAACAAACAAAAACAAAAGUGGGAGUCUGAGGGUGGAAUAAAGAGCGCCUCUUUCUCCGGGGGCAACAUCAGGAACCGGAGUUGAGGUUGCAGUUGGUGCCAUGGAGGUGGACUACUACUCCGGGGAUCUGUCCGAUGAUGGUGGUGCCACUCCUGUACAGGAUGAGCGUGAUGUGGAUUCUGAGGCUGAAGAGGUGAAUGCAAAGCAUUCUGGGUCUGAAUAUGGCAGCACCCCAUUACAGCAGUCUGAGAAUGAACACAGUGAUAGUGAGUACCACAGCCUUUCAGCCAGUAACAGAAUUAAAUCUGAUGAAGACAGUACCUCAGAAAAUGAGGAUGCCAUGCAAAACAAUGAAAGUGAUAUUGAAAAUGAAACUCAGAAACGUACUUUGAGUGAUCUAGAAGAUGAAGAUGCUUCCAGAACCAGAGGUAGCGAUUCAGAUAAUGAUAUUUCCAGGCACAAUAGUGAUUCUGAACAUGAGCCAUCCACCAGAAGUAGGGGAGGUGACUCUGAAAAUGAAGAUACCCACAAAGGAAGAGGAAGCGAUUCAGAAAAUGAAGAUACCCACAAAGGAAGAGGAAGCGAUUCAGAAAAUGAAGACAUCCACCCACUCAGAGGGAGUGAAUCAGAAAAUGAGAAUGAAGUCCAACAGAGAGACAGUGACUUUGAUGCGCCAAAAAUGAGAGGGAGUGACUCUGAAAAAGAGGAACGGUCAGGACAUGAAGGGAGUGACUCUGAACCCGAUGUUACUUCCAGGCACAGGGGCAGUGACUCUGAGGAUGGUUCCAAGCUUAGGGGAAGUGAUUCUGACAAUGAUGCCACCUCUAAAGCUAGAGGGAGUGACUCUAACAAUGAAGGUUCUAUCAAACGUAGGGAGAGUGACUCUGAUAGUGAAUACAACAUAAAACGUAGGGCUAGUGACUCUGACAAUGAGGAUGCUGUAAAACCUAGAGGGAGUGACUAUGAAUUUGAGGGAUCCCCAAAACAUAAAGGGAGUGACUCUGAAAAAGAUGCCCCAAAACCUAGAGUAAGUGACUCUGAAGAUGAGGUCCUUCCUGGUCGCAGAAAAACACAGUCUAAAAAGAGGGCUGCCAAACACAAAGCAAGUGAGUCUGAAAACGAGAUUGUCCCCAAACCCAAGGGAAGUGAUUCAGAAGAUGAGAUCAUGCCUAGGCCUAAGGUGAGUGACUCUGAAAGUGAGAAUGCUGUUAAGUCUAAGGGGAGUGACUCUGAGAAAGAGACUUCUCCCAAACCUGGUAACAGUGAUUCUGACAGUGAUGUUGCCAAAAGGCAGAAGCAGCAUUCUGUGCAGAAUACAGACCAUGAUAAAGCAUCUGACUCUGAAAAUGAAAAUGUUCAAAGGCCCGGUGAUAGUGACUCUGACAAUGAAGUGAUGCAGAGAAAGAAACGCAAAAUUAUAACUGAAGAUGACAGUGAAGAAGACAGCAAAAAUAGCAUUCACAAAAAGAAGGAAAUACAAGACUCUAAUAGUGAGGAUGAAGUGAAAACCUCAAGGCCAGCUAUUAGUGAUGGAGAAAGUGAAGAUGAAGGUCCCAAACAAAAGAAGGCUGAAGAUAGUGAUGAUGAUGAGGAGGAUAAAGAUGAUAGAACAGUGAAAAGAAAAGCAGCAAUACUGUCUGACAGUGAAGAUGAGGAGGAAAAGAAGCCUAGUAAAAAAAGCCGCAUCUCAUCUGAUGUUGAAGCUUCUGACACCGAUGCUGCUUCUAUCAAGUCUGACACUAAGCCAAAGGGACUAGCUUUUGACAGUGAGGAGGAAGAUGAUAGAGGAAAACUGAAGAAGACCUCUGGGUCGCAGCUGUUUGGAAGUGACAGUGACUCUGACAAUGCUGAAGAGAACCUGAUAGCAGAUAUCUUUGGAGAGUCCGGUGAUGAAGAGGAGGAGGAGUUCACGGGCUUUAACCAAGAGGAUCUUGAAGGAGAGCGGGAAACUGUCAUUGCUGAGAAACCUAAAGGAAAGAGAGCUGCCGAAUCAGACUCUGAUGAAGGCGUCAAAGAAAGUGGGAAAUUCCGAGACUUUGUGUCUGAUUUCGAUGUGAUGUUGCAACAGAAAAAAGCUUUGAGCAAGAAGCGUCGGCGGAACAAAGAUGGCGGUACAUUCAUUAGUGAUGCAGAUGAUGUUGUUAAUGCAAUGAUUACCAAAAUGAAUGAAGCUGCUGAGGAAGACAGGCAACUGAACAUCCAGAAGAAGCCAGCCCUGAAGAAACUUACACUGCUGCCAACUGUCAUCAUGCACCUCAAAAAACAAGACUUGAAAGAGACAUUUAUUGACAGUGGUGUAAUGUCUGCCAUCAAGGAAUGGUUGACACCUUUGCCAGAUCGAAGUCUUCCUGCACUAAGAAUUCGUGAAGAACUGCUGAGGAUUCUCCAAGAGCUUCCACUUGUCAGUCAGGAAACACUGAAGCAUAGUGGGAUUGGCCGGGCUAUUAUGUAUCUCUACAAGCAUCCUAAGGAAUCGCGAGUCAACAGGGACAUGGCAUGGAAGCUAAUCAAUGAGUGGUCAAGACCAAUAUUUGGACUCACUUCCAACUUCAAGGGGAUGAGCAGGGAAGAGAGAGAGCAACGUGACAUUGACCAGAUGCCACUUCGUAAGCCGCUCACACCUAGUAGUGUUGGAGGGCAGACUCCUCGUCGAGACCUGGAGAAGGUGCUAACAGGUGAAGAGAAAGCCUUGAGGCCUGGUGAGCCUGGAUUUUGUGCUCGUGCUAGAGUGCCAGUACCAUCCAACAGAGAUUAUUUGGUGCGACCCAAGUGGAAUACCGAUCCUGAAGGUUCACGGGGACCUAUUAGAAAGGGAAUUUCACGUCUGGAAAAGCAUAAACGUCACUUUGCUGAAAUUAGAAGACUUAAAAAGGCUCAGAGAGCUGUGAAAAUAAGCAUAGAAGGCAAUCGGAUGCCCCUGUAGCCAGUGAUUGGAGGGAAAUGUGGACCUAUGAAAAAACCAGUAUCUCGAAUAGACAAACAAAUGCGAAGGUUUUCUGACCUGAAGAGGAUGAAGAAAUCAAUGCACGCUGUUAAGAUC